AUGCCUCAUCCGACAGAGGAUAACAAUAUAGGUGACAGCGACGCCGCUACGCUUUCUGAUUUUGAGCGGCAGCUCACAGGACACUCGUGUGGGGUGUGCGUAAGUACGCAGAACCGGAUAUUUCGCGCGUAUGUCGCUGUCAAGUCCAAUACGUUGCAUAAACCACGAGAGGAGACCAUUCGAGAUUAUCGACUGGGACCUCGGAUUGAGGGCAAGAUCAGAGAGAUUGCGAUUGCCUUGCUUCCUGGUGAGGAGGGAGAUAGCAGCGAGGCUGGGAAGAGUCCUUCGGAGAGUCCGGCGUGGAAGACUGCGCCCGCCUCUUGGGUCAAGAGCAUAAAAGAAGUGUUGACGUUCGGAAAGUCAUUGGCCGACUCUAAGGGGGCUGACGAGAUCCGUGGGAGGUCUCAGUCCGAAGAGCAGGAGGAGAUGUUGGUCGCACUAGCCAAUGCUCUGAAGGAAAGAUUCGCCAAGCGAAAGUGUGUGCUCAUCUAUGGAGGGAUGCAUGUCAAGGUGGCUGGACAGCGGCUGCUUAUUACCUCGGCGAUUGGUGAAGACCAAGAGCUGGCUUUCUGCGGUUUGGGUACGGGAGACACCGUUGUUACUCCGGCGUUGGAUGACCCGGGAGAGUUCUCGAAGAUACACGUGUGUCCUUUUAUGGACACGAUACCGCAGGCCUAUGAAAUGGACAUAUUCCAGGACGCCUUGAGUCCGUUCUUCGCCAAGCACCCGCUCGUUUUGCUGGCCGAGGGAGACACGUUCCAGUACAAUUCGGUCGAGUUCAAGGUCGUGAGUUCAAAGCCGGCGUCCGUGCCUGUGCGGAUUUCGCUGGAGAAGGCCUUGUCUCUGCCCAUCGAGGAGCUGAUCCAGAGCAUCCCAGUCAACAAGCGCAAACACCGCGUCGGCCCGUCCACUGCGGUCUGCCUGGGGUUCCCCAUUCUGCCGCACUGGAUCGACAUCCUGAGUCCGGCUAGGCAGCACAUCGUCAUGUCCCUGCCCGCACCCAUCCAGUCGCUCAUGCUCAUCAACUUCGUCAGCGAGACCGGUCCAUCCGAGAUCGAGCGCGUCAUGAACGCCACCGAGGCCAUGGGCAGGCCGCAGCUGACGCCCGCUGCGCGCGUCAAGGAGAUGGCCGACUCCGUUUCAAAACUCCGUGUGGAUGUCUCGAAAACCAUGGAGGAAGACGGUGUCUGCAUUAUCUGUUUAGGUAACCUGGAAAAGAAUGACGAAAUCGUCAAACUGUCUUGCUCUCACGUCUUCCAUUCCAAGUGCCUCCUCCACUGGCUGGUGCGCACAAAGACCUGUCCCCUGUGCAAAGUCGAACUCACCGACAUCGAUCUGCCCAAAACAUAG